UGGAAGUAGAUCCCCAGGCCUUCCUGCCACGGUGACUCUGAGUGGACUCGAGCCUCCAACCUUUUGGUUAACAGCUGAGUGCAUCAACCAUUUGCACCAUCUAGGGACUCCCCCAUACCAUUACUGCCCACUUUACUGUGGCUAAGACCAAGGCUGGCCCAAGGUCACGGAUUGAGUUACUUUCUUGAUCCCAGGCUCCUGCCUACUUCACUCUCCCCACCCCUGAGUCCCCCAGGUCCUCAGUCUCCCCCUCUGUACAAUGGGGGCAGAGGGAGACUCCCCACAUCUGAGUCUGCCUGGGCCCUGCUGCCCCGCCUCUGUCUUCCCCCAGACCUUGGGCUCCAGGAGGCCGUCUCUGCCAAGCUGUCAGCCCAUUAGUCGGAGCCGCUGCUGCCUCACGUGGCCACCAUUGAGUGUUGGACAGUGUUAAUGAGCUGAGCCUGGGGAGGAAUUGCAGCCUGAUGCAGAGGAUGGGGCAGGGAAGCUUUUCGCAGCUCACAGAGCUCUGGCCUGGCAAGCUCAGCGGCCUUCUGCACCCCCCCGCCCCGGGGUCAUCACGAGCAUGCCAGAGAGGCUGUGGGUGCCUCCUCACUUUUGUUGCUGGGUUUGCUGUCUCGAGGUUCUGGAAUGCAGCACCAAAGGUGGACUCUGGGCAGAGCUCUGCAGGCCCUGGAGUAGAUUCUCAGUGCCGUGCUCAGGCUGCCGGUUCUGGAUCCAGGGGUUCUGGGAAGGGGUUGUCAGGGCAGGACUGAGAUCCCAGGCUGCUCUGCACCCCCCCACAGAGAUCCGUGAGGCCUUCAAGGUGUUUGACCGAGACGGCAAUGGCUUCAUCUCCAAGCAGGAACUGGGCACAGCCAUGCGCUCCCUAGGCUACAUGCCCAACGAGGUGGAGCUCGAGGUGAUCAUCCAGCGGCUGGACAUGGAUGGUGAUGGCCAAGUAGACUUUGAGGAGUUUGUGACCCUUCUGGGACCCAAGCUUUCCACCUCGGGGAUCCCAGAGAAGUUCCAUGGAACCGACUUUGACACUGUCUUCUGGAAGUGUGACAUGCAGAAGCUGACAGUGGACGAGCUGAAGCGGCUGCUCUACGACACCUUCUGUGAACACCUGUCCAUGAAAGAUAUUGAGAACAUCAUCAUGACGGAGGAGGAGAGCCACCUGGGGACAGCUGAGGAGUGCCCCGUGGACGUGGAGACCUGUUCCAACCAGCAGAUCCGCCAGACAUGCGUGCGCAAGAGUCUCAUCUGCGCCUUUGCCAUCGCCUUCAUCAUCAGUGUCAUGCUCAUCGCAGCCAACCAGGUACUGCGCAGCGGCAUGAAGUAGACCCCGCCAGGCGCCCGUCCACACCCGCCGCCGCCUGCAGCCCCUUCUCCGUCAGCUGGCUCCCUGGGCCACCAUCGUCGGCGUGUGCCCUCAGGGCCCGGACGCCGGCGACCCUACCAUUUCCCCCUGCCACCCUGGGCCUUGCAUGGAGCUGUAGCCCGGAUGUGGAGGGCCUGGCGGUGGCUCUGAAGACAACUCCCAGCUCCACCUGCACCUCUGCCCUCCCCAUGCCCCUACCCGGCCUGUAUGUAGCACUAACUCUUCCCUGGUGUACACGCGCUCCUGGGAAGUUAGGGAAGAAUUUGUACAGGAGACCCAGGGCUCGGUCACUGCUGUGGCCCCUCAGGUGCUGGGGGUGGGGGGCAUCCUGUGCUCAGAGAUAGCAGUCGCCUGCCUGAGGCCACACAGCCAACCUGACCCUAGUUCCUGAGGUUGCCCAGGGCUGUAGGCAGGGUGGAGGUAGGGGCAGAAAGCCUCCCCUGGAGGAAUGCAUGAGACCGGUGUCUCCCUGGCUCCUGCUCCCCGGCAUGGCCUGAGGAGGCUCCUGGCCUUCUGCUGCAUCCCUUCCUCUGACCCUCCUAAGCUUAGACCUAAACCCAGCCUCUGCUCCUCUCUGCACCUGCAGGGGCCAGAGAAUUAGCCCAUUUCACAGAUAAGGAGCCUGAAGACUCAGAGGGCCCUGGGAUAUGGCCUCAGUUCUCCCUUCAGCAGGGAUUUUUGGGGAGGGCAGAAGGUCAAAGGAGGAUGGGGAAUCAGAGGUGGCCCUGCAGCCCCCACCUCCAACCCAAGGGCCAUGCCCCCUCCAACCACCUGAGUGCACCGAAUCUAAAACUGUAGUACACUUGGGGAUGGAGACAGAGUUGGGGAAUGGAGGCAGAGCUGAGGAAUGGAGGCAGAGUUGGGGGCUGGAGGCUCCAAGAACCUUGAGCCGCCUGUGAGACCUCUGCCGGCCAAAGGGCACCUCCAGGGCAGAAACCUCGGAAGGACCCCUGUGCCACCCCCAGGCCAAGGGCCUGCCCAGCCCAGUGCCAUAGAGGCUAGGAAGCUCAGACAGGCCUCUCCCAAGUGCAAGGCCUGCCCUUGCGGGACCCCCACUUCUUUAGCCCUCAAGGUGGAGAGCCGGCUCACGCCCUGCCCCUAGUUGUGCCACCCUGCACAUCUGGCACCGCUCAGCACGAGCGAUGUGGGGGCUGCCAAUCUGCCGGUGCUGGACCAGCAGGCGGAGCCACUUCUCAGAGGGUCCCAUCACAGCUAGACUGCUGUAUCCUGCCCAGCUAAGCCUCUGCCAGCCCCCAAGGGAGAAGCAUUCGUCUCAUUCCAGUCCUGCCCACCCCCGUCUAGGGCCAGAGACCGAAGCCAAGGGCAAGGGGAGUGCAGCCAGAGCCACGGUGGUGACGGGCUCUUUAUACACAUCUGGAAGUUCGUUUUCUCACAUGUCCUGGGAGGGAGGGUGGGUGCAGCUGUCUGGCUCCAUGCUGGGACCAGGGCUGCACCUGGAAGGGGUUCCUGGGUCUAAGUGAGGCCAAGCAAUACUUUCAGAGGCUCUGUGAGGCCUCCCCAGUUCUUGUCUUUGUUGUGACUGAUAGGAAAGCUGACCAGGUGGGAGCCAGGUAGGGCCAAGGGACUCAGAUCAGCCCCACUGGACGCUGGGCUGCAGGGGCCACCCCCCAGGUGGGGGUGCCCGCAGGGAUGGGGGCAGCUCCUGGAUUGGUGGCCAGCCCAUGGGGUACUGGAAGAUGGUGGUUCUGGCGGGUUCAGCCCUAGGGAAAAGAACCAAGGCAGAGAAUUAGAUUGGGACAUAGCCUGGGCUACCUCCUCCCACCUCAGCUGUGGGAAGGGUCAGCACCUGCAUGGCUGUUCUAGAAGGCAGAGCCACUCCUUCGAGCCAGCAACCAUACGUCUAGGGACUGAGCCCAAGGAAAUAGCCAGGUCGUGGGCAGAGAUUUAGUGACAAGAAUGGCCACCCAAAAAUAGAAAUGACCUAAGUGUCCACCUGUGGGGGACUGAUGAACUAUGUUAUGCACGUCCACAGCCUGUAAACAUUAUGGCAAACUUAUAUGCAAUGACGAGGGAAGAUGUCAUGACGUACUAUGUAAGCAGGGAGAAAAAACAGCUUAUAAAAUAAUGUAUAUAGCAUGAUACUAUUUUUGUUUAAAGAUAUAUAACGUAUAUAAAUGCAUAAAAAAAAAACCUGGAAGACACAGCAAAAUGUUAAUAGUGGUUCUAUCUGAGUGGCGCAAUUACGGGUGAU